AGGUGCAGCGACUGCAUAAUGCUGGGGUUUAGGCGCAUCAGCACCAGGCCGCAUGCUGCUGGCUUGUGGAGCAGCUCACUUCCUCACUCCUCUGGUCUCUUCCUCUCCUCGAGCCCUCGCGCUGCUCAUUGUGCUGUGCGAUGCUCCUCGACCCCUGCCUCCGUGCUCUUUGCUCCAAGGCGAACGCUCUCAACCGCCGCACAGGAGGACGAGCCUCUCAUCCUGGAACGCAGAACCUUGAAGAACGGAUCCUACGCCACUGUCGUUACACUCUCUCGCCCAGAUAAGCUCAAUGCUCUGGACCUCAACAUGUUUCGUGCAAUCGCCAAGGCCGCCGAAGAUGUAGCAAAAGAUAGAGAAACGCGAGUCGUGGUAUUGAGAGGUGCUGGUCGGGCAUUUUGCUCUGGUUUGGACGUCAAGUCUAUCAUCACAAAUCCUCUAAAGUCUGUAGAAUCCAUCCGAAAGCUAAUGCAGCGCCCUGAAGGCAAACUGUCCAACCUGGCACAAGAUGUUGGAUACUUAUGGAGACAAGUUCCUGCACCUGUCAUUGCUGUAACUCAUGGAGUAUGUUUCGGGGGCGGGUUCCAGAUAGCUCUUGGAGCUGAUUUCAGAUUUUCUGACAAGAGCUGCAAAUUCAGCAUCAUGGAGGGAAAAUGGGGGUUGGUGCCUGACAUGUCAGCCACAAUCACCUUGAGAGAGCUGGUGCCCAUUGAUGUGGCAAAGGAACUCACGAUGACAGCAAGGAUUUUUGACGCACAAGAGGCAAAGUCUUUGGGUUUGGUUACCAAGCUCUGUGAUGAUCCAUUCGAGGAAGCAAUGGCCUUCUGCGAAACUCUUUCGAAUCAAUCGCCAGAUGCUGUGGCAGGUGCCAAACAACUCUUCAACAGGACAUACGUGGAUACGAGCGAGGAGGAGGCGUUGAAAAUUGAGUCGGAGCUUCAGCAUGAACUUCUACGAGGAUGGAACGUCUUGUCAUCAGUGGCCAAGGAGUUGGUCUUCCAAGCGUUGUGACUCCUGGUCAUUCUAAACGAUCAGACUUUUGG